GAAUUGAUGAAACAACCGAUUGUAAAUAUUGUCAAACAGAUCAUGUCAGUAGAUGCAUCCUCGCCAUGCUACAAGAAAAGAAAGACAGGGAGCAUAAUCGAAGAAAUUAAUCCCAAAAUAUCUUGUUUGAAAGAAACUGAGCUUGACAUACUUGGACUUUUAUACGAAAAAGAACAUGUCAGUGGCUUAGAAGUUCUUUUGAACAAAACAUUAUGUUAUGAUUCAAAAAUACCCAAGCAUUCUUCAAAAAUCCAACCUCUUGCUAGAGUUUUGGAUUAUUUUUUAGAUUUUGACGCAAGUGAAUACCAAGAAGCAGUUGAUGAAGGUACUGACAGGGUAACACGGUUUAAGGAAGAUGUAAACAAUAUAAAACUGUCACUUACAAAAGCAAAAGAGGCUACUUUUGAGACAGUUAGACAUCUCCUUCUAGAUGACAUUUCAAGAGAUGAAGACUAUCUAAGAGGUAUGUUCCAAGCUAUUAAAUGGAAUGGUAUCUAUGGAUUUGGUGAAAAAUUAAUCUAUUUUAUGCUUGAAAACCGGAAAGGAACUUCAAAUGAUAUGGUAUGCAGACAGCUAUUCAGGGACUUCCUUGUUAUGUGUGGAUUGAACUUAAUGGAUGGAGAAUCAAAAAAUAAAAGUAUGAAGAUUGGAAAGUCUGUUGUUACUUCUCACCCAGAAUUAAGGUGUUGUAGUGACGAGAUAACUGAACUAAACAUGAAAACUGUGAUGUUAGUCGGAGGGGUGAAACAAAGAAAAGUUGCAUUACCAAGUCGUCAUGACUUUAAGAUAGAAGAUCUAUAUCCAUAUGAUAUAAUUGGACAACAUGGAACCAAUCUGUUGCUUGAAAUACAAGAUUCAUGUUUUGAGAAAACUGGAGAUGAAGAAGAUGGAAGAAGUUUAGUUUUUGGAGCAAUGUGUGUUGGUACACAGGUUAUAUUUACUGCCCUUGACAUGAGCAAAAGUCACAUAGAUGCUGUAAAACAAUUGGAGGGAGAAGACCUUGAUGUUCUUGGUGUUAUUGAAACCUCUUGUAUAUUCUACACUAGACCGUAUAACAUAUUGAAAGCAGCAGACAGAUCUGAAAUGUACGAGCCAUUACUACGGUUAGCAUGUUAUCAACAUCAAAUCACAUGA